UUUGGUAGAAAGAGAGAAGAAAGCUUUGUAUGUGUUAUGUGACAUAGAUGUUACAUUGUACGCCGCAGCUCUAACCAGGUGGAAAACCAGAAUAGGGAGGUCUCUCUGGAACAAACUGUUAAAACGCUAAUAAGUUAUGUUUAUUUAUCUCCAACUAAAUUAAAAUUAAAUAAGUUCCUUAGAGAAGAGUGUUAAUAUAACUAGUGGGGAACGGAAUUUCAAGUGCUUUCGAAAAUAUACUUUUCAAAAAAUAAAAGGAGGCAACCAUUGAAGAAAGAGGCCUGGUGAUCUAAAUUCCUUGAGAAACACUGUAACAAUUAAAGUCUUGGGAUUGGAUUUGGAGUGAUAACAGUUCAGUGUAUCCACAUUCUUCCGGGCCAUUGUGUGAACGUUCGUUAAUAAGAACGCCUAUAUUUUAGACGUAUUUCGCCUGUCAAAUCCAGUGCAAUACAAAACUAAUCUGCUCUAUACAUAUAUAUUCUUUUGUUUUAUAAACGUAUUGCGUAUUGGAUUACUCCUUGCCAAACAUGGAAAUUGAAACAAUACGUCAGAAUGGCCAAGCGCAUGUCGAAUCGCGCGAAAGUUCUGUGGAGCGUGAACUGAAUGGCGAAAUUGAAGCAGUUGAAUUGAACGGUUGUUCUGGUUCGCCGCAAAGUGUGAACGGUCACACAAUGAAGAAACCACAUCAUGUGGGCGACACACAUGACGGACGCAUUAAACGUAAGGCCAAGCAUUCAACGCAACGUCAAAGCAGUCGUGGUGAAAGCAACGCGCUUACUAAUGGUAGCGGUAGUGCUGGUAUGUAUUCCAUUAACGGUCAUAGCAAUAACUAUGUAGUCCCACAUCGCCGUUGGAAAAAUAGUCGACGUUCACGCAAUGGUUAUGGUCGUGGCCUUCCUAAGAAAGGUGGAGCCGGCGGUAAAGGUGUUUGGGGUUUACCCGGGUCUGAGGCAUUUGAAGAAUUAUAUGAGGACGAAAAUGAUCCCAACUAUGAUAGCGAGACCAAUGAUAAAAAUAUCAUAUUGAGUGAAGUCAUUCCUGAAAUCAGUCCUGAAGAAUUCUUUAAAUUAGCAGAGCCUAUUGUUUUGGAGUAUUAUGAGCACGGCGACACUCACGAGGUUGCCGUUAAUUUGGAUGAUAUUCUAACAGGCUUGCUGCGUCCGAAUGUAAUUAGUGUUUUGAUAGAAAUAGCUAUGGAUCACAAGGAUUCACAACGUGAAAUGACAUCUGUGUUAGUGUCCGAUCUCUACGGUCGUGUUAUAACCGGUAAAGAUAUUGAAAAGGGCUUCGAAAUGCUUUUGGCUAAUUUGCCCGAUCUUAUUUUGGAUACUCCAGAAGCAGCUACUAUUUUAGGUAACUUUCUCGCUCGCGCCGUGGCCGAUGACUGCCUCCCACCCAAAUUUGUAACCAAACCUUCAGAGCACGGCGAGUUAAGCGAACAUGCUCUAGCUGCUAUACGUCGGGCAGACACUUUAUUGCACAUGAAACAAGGCUGGGCACAUCUGGACAAUGUCUGGGGUAUGGGAGGCCCAUUGAGACCAGUUAAAACUAUAACUAAACAGAUGACCUUACUGCUGAAAGAGUAUUUAUCUUCGCGUGAUAUACAAGAAGCUCAUCGUUGUUUGCGGGCCCUUGAAGUUCCACAUUUUCAUCAUGAAUUAGUGUAUGAAACGGUUGUCAUGACACUCGAAUCUUUAUCACAAACAACCGAAGAGGCCAUGUGUGAGUUGUUGUCGUCUUUGGAUAAAGCUUGCUUGGUAUUGCCGGCCAGUAUGGAACAGGGCUUCCUACGUGUAUUUGACGACAUGGCCGAUAUUGUUUUGGAUGUGCCACUUGCUUAUAUAAUAUUAGACCGUUUUAUGGAACGUUGCAAUCGAGCUGGUUUCAUGACAGAUAAGAUUUUAAGCAACAUGCCCUCCCGAGGCCGCAAACGUUUUGUUUCCGAAGGAGACGGUGGCAAUAUUAAACCACCAACUAUACCCAUUUGCGACUCUCUCCAUCUUAAGAUGAAUGAAUAAAUUUUUCAAGGACUUGUUUUUCGAGACGGUAAAAACCGAUAUAAGAAACAAACGAAAAAAAAGGAAAAGAAGCAGCAAAUAAUUAAUUGUGUGUAAAACAGAAAACCAUAUUUUGACCAUAUAUUUGGAUAUAAUUAUCGAGUUAUAUAUCAGCAAUACUAUAACUACUGAAACUACGGCUACAAAUACUACUAAUAUAUAUGUACAACAUUCAAUUAACCAUAAAAUGGAGGAUGGAUUCCCCCUAAAACUAUCUAAAUUUACAACAUAUGCACCCCAAAAUAUAUAUAAUAUAUGUGACUUUUUCUUGUGGAUAGAAAAGCAGAAAAUAAAAUCAUAAUAACAACAUUACCACCAUUGGAUCUGCAAACGAGAAAAAGAGAACAGCAUUUCGUUCAUAACCCUAUCAUUAAAUAUUAGCGAACAGUAACGUAACGUUCUAUUUGAAAAGCAAAAAAAGCUAGCAAAAAAUUAAAAAAAGCACUGUAAUAUAAGUUUUUGUCUAAAAAAAUGCUAAGCCUUUUCUUUUUUAUUUUUUUAUUUUUUACAUCUUUUUGGUUCUUUUCACGUUUACGAAUAAAAUCAAGCGAAUUUGUCUGGAACAGUUGUAUUUCACUAAGACACCACCGAUUUUUUUUUUUUUUUUCUAAAGGUACAUACACAAA